CCAACCAGUGGACCAGAGCCAGGUGCUCAAAUUUCUUUCAAAGAAUCUCUUAUCAGCAAGCUGAAUUCUCUUGCAGAGAAGGGUGAACUGUCUACUGACAAGCCAGUCAAAAUAAAAAUCUGUGGCGAUGGAGCGCGAAUGACAAGACUGACCAACUUUGUCAUACUCAGUUACAGCCUCCUUGAUGAUAAUGAUAAUCUGUUAAAUGCUAGAGGUACCCACACUAUUGCCAUAAUGAGUGGGUCAGAGUGCUAUGCAUCCUUCAAGGCAAAUCUCAAAGAUUCUUGGGAUGAAAUAAAUAAAGUGAUAGCUGAUGGUAAAGUGGCAAUAAACCAAGGACAAGAAGUACCUGUUGAAAUUUAUCUUGGUGGGGAUUAUAAGUUUCUUUUAUUAGCUAGUGGCAGGUCAGCUGCAAACUCCAUCUAUGCUUGGUUGUGGUGUAAGAUCCCCAAAGAUCAAAGAUGGGACAUGUCCAAGCCAGGAGACUUUUACAGCAAACCCCCCAUGGCAUUCACUUUGGCAGAUGUAAAAAAGCAUGCUACUUUAACUGAGUUCUGCUGCAUUAACCAACCUCUAUUAAACAUACCUCUCCAUUGCAUUGUCCUCGAUGAGCUUCAUCUCCUCCUUAGAAUCACUGACGUUCUGGUAUGCAAUCUGAUUGAGGAUGCCAUGGAGUGGGAUGAUCAAGAAGAUUUUUUAAAGAAGAGAGGAGAGCCUAAAGGCUGUCAGUUAAGACAUCUCACACACGUGAUAAACAGUUGUGGCAUUACAUUUGCUGUGUGGGAGAAGAAAGAUGGCGAUGGAAAGAGGAUGGGUAAAAUGGAUUGGACGUCUGAUGGGGGAUGAAAGAAAAAAAUUACUCAAAAAUCUUCCUGCAAAAUUGGAGCGCUCAAAGGAUUCCAUCCUCUGUAAUACUGCCCAGACAGUUAUUAAAAUAUGGAAGGUAUUUUUCUGAGCCCUACAUAUAAUCCAUCAAAUAUUUCUGCUUGUGUGCGAUUGGUCUAAAUGCACCUCGCGACCUAAUAUUCCG